ACGCCUUCUAACUUUUGUUACCCAGAGACUGUACAAUAUGCAUCUCUCACGCGACACCCCACAAGUCAACGGCUCGACCGACUACGGCAAGAAUGUCGUGGAGGGCUUACAGAAAGAGGAGAAGCUGGAACAAGCAUCAGUGCAAAAACUGUCGGAGGAGCAAGACCACGUCCUGAAAACCUUCAGAUUGCUGAUAGCAGAUCUGUGCCAGCAGUUCAAUGGAGGCCACCCAGGAGGAGCGAUUGGCAUGGCGGCCAUUGGAGUUGCGCUGUGGAAGUAUGUCAUGCGAUAUGCGCCGCAUACGCCGACCUACUUCAACCGUGAUCGCUUCGUUCUGUCAAAUGGCCACACAUGUCUAUUCCAAUACACGUUCCUCCACCUCACAGGCUACAAGGCGAUGACCCUCGAUCAGCUGAAAUCAUACCACUCGGACCGUGUCGAUGCGCUAUGUCCAGGCCAUCCGGAGAUCGAGCACGAGGGCAUUGAGGUGACCACAGGCCCCUUGGGACAGGGUAUUGCAAAUGCAGUUGGGCUUGCCAUGGCAUCCAAGAACCUCCAAGCAACCUACAACAAGCCAGACUUGGAUGUUAUCUCCAAUCACACUUGGUGCAUGAUCGGGGACGCGUGUCUGCAGGAGGGUGUCGGGCUGGAGGCAAUCUCCUUUGCUGGGCAUCUCAAGCUGAACAAUCUUACCGUUAUUUACGACAACAACCAGGUCACAUGCGACGGCAGUGUCGAUCUGACCAAUACCGAGGAUGUCAACACCAAGAUGGCGGCUUGUGGCUGGGAUGUUAUCGAUAUUGAAGACGGGUGCUUCGAUAUUGAAGGCCUUGUUGAAGCUCUGAACAAGGCCCGCGCAUCGACUGAAAAGCCCACAUUCAUUAACGUCCACACCGUCAUCGGUCUCGGCAGCGCUGUGGCAGGAGACGCAGUUGCUCAUGGAGCGGCUUUUGGAACGUCUGAUGUGGCCAACAUGAAGAAGGCAUACGGCUUCAAUUCUGAGGAGCACUUCGUCAUCAGCGAGAAAGUCCGUGAGUUUUUCGGUGACAUUCCCGCGAGAGGCCAGGAGCUGGUGCAGGCAUGGGAGAAGAAGGUGCAAGAGUACGAGACCAAAUACCCAGAGGAGGGCGCGGAGCUGAGGCAGCGCAUUGAGGGACGUCUGCCCGAAAACUGGAAGGAGCUCAUCCCAACCUCUUUUCCAGAUGCACCCACAGCGACGAGGAAGUCGUCAGGGCUUGUGUUCAACCCGAUUGCGGAGAAGAUCAAGAACUUCAUGGUCGGCACCGCGGAUUUGUCGCCUUCUGUGAACAUGAUCUGGAAGGGCAAGGUCGACUUUCAAAACCCUGGCCUGAAGACAACGUGCGGCAUCACGGGCAACUACAGCGGACGAUAUAUUCACUACGGCGUGCGAGAGCACGCCAUGUGCGCCGUGUCGAACGGAUUGGCAGCCUUUGCCCCUAAUACCUUCAUCCCCGUGACCUCAUCCUUCUUCAUGUUCUACCUCUACGCAGCCCCGGCCGUCCGAAUGGGCGCGCUGCAGCAUCUCCAGGUCAUCCACGCCGCCACACAUGACUCGAUUGGUAUGGGUGAGGACGGCCCAACCCAUCAGCCCAUUGAGCUGGCCAACCUCUACCGCGCCAUGCCCAAUCUUCUCUAUAUCCGCCCUGCAGACAGCGAGGAGACGGCAGGCGCGUGGAUCACGGCCAUCGACGCGAAGAACACGCCGACCAUCAUCUCGACAUCGCGACACACGCUGCCCCAAUUGAAGCAGACACGGCGAGACCUGGUCGCCAAGGGCGCGUACGUGGUGGAGGAAGUCGAGGACGCGGACGUGACGCUGAUCGGUGUUGGCGCUGAGCUGUCACAUGCGCUCGAAGCCGCCCAGGAGCUGAAGGCGAAGAAGAUCAAGGCGCGCGUGGUCAGCUUCCCGUGCCAGCGUCUCUUCGAGGCUCAGUCGACCGAGUACAAGCGCGACACACUGCGAAGGCACCGCGGCAUCCCAGCGGUUGUGAUUGAGCCGUAUGCGCCCAAUGGCUGGGAGCGAUACGCCGAUGCCGCUGCUUGUAUCAAGCGCUUCGGCCACAGUCUUCCGGGCAAGGCUGCGUACAAGUACUUUGGCUUCGACGUACCAGCGCUGACGGCCAAGGUCGAGAGCUACUUGCAGCAGCUGCGCGACGACCCUCUGCUAAAGGGCGAGUUUGUUGAUCUAUGAGCGUUGGGAAAUUGGGAAAUUGGAAAACUGCAUUGCUGGCGUAAUUAUUAGGGUAGAAUGUUCAGGAUAGAUUCAUAGCAUGAUUCAAUAUGGAUACGAAGAUGUUUCUCUGCUACAGUGUCCCGGGGACAGAAAGGCUAAUGGGCGUCUUGUUGGAGGAACAUGUAUACUGUGCGGGACGCAGAUGCUUACGGCCAAUUAAUUUACUGGGUCUGAGCCCUUCAAAGCUCGACCGUCUUUCCCGGAUCGAAGCCAUUCGAUUGCGCGAAGUAGUAACCACGCUGAUUCGUAACGAGUCUGGUCUGAUGAGUUUCGUGUUCAAAAUCACAGUUGAAAUGAGUGUGUCCGAACGCCCACACC